ACCGGUUUAUUCGCGUGUAAUCUUGCGAUGACUGCUGCGCUGGCUUUUCGAAGUUUAAUCGUCGCUUAACGAGCGAGAAGGAUUUUUCGAAAUCUCAUUUCGAUCGCCCGUGUUAACUUUUUACGAUCCGUUGUCGACGAUUCGUUAUAGGCGCGGUUGAGCCACCGGCGUAUAUAAUGUAGUAGCAAAAAUUGCGGUCAUGCGUGUAUCAUAUAUAUAUAGGCGAAAACGUAUUUGUAACGAAAAACCGAAAAAACAUGCGGUCGUUGCGCCUCGAUCUUCGUUUGAGCCUGUUGUGCGUGUUGUCGCUAGUGGCGGCGAGGAUCGGAAAUGUCAGUGCUGAAAGAAAGGCUCAAGCAAAGUGUAAAGAAUACGCGAAACUCGUUUAUACCAAGGAGGCAUCUCCGGUAUUGAGGAUUGGCGGAGGCUCGAACUUGGUAUCAAAAUGCGGAAUAGUCGAUACGCCCCUCAUCAUAGGUGGCGUUAGAGCCAAGCCCUUGGAAUUUCCUCACAUGGCGGUAAUCGGUUACGGCGAUCCAGUGGCCUGGCUGUGCGGUGGAACUCUCGUUUCGGAUCUUUACGUACUCACCGCCGCUCACUGUUUGGACAGCUCGUCGGUCAAAGGGCAAAUCCCUUCCAAAAUACGCGUCGGUUUGACCGAUUUGAAGAAUCCAGAGAGCGGAAUGCAGGAGAGAAAAGUCGUCGAGAGAAUAGCUCAUCCGGAGUACAAAAUACCCGCGAGGUAUCAUGACAUAGCCUUGCUCAAAAUUGAUAAACCGCUCGAAAUGGAAGCGGGAGUAAGGCCAGCGUGUCUCGAGGUCGAUUCCAACCUACCGCUCUCCCAGAAGCAAGGAGCGAUCGCCUCUGGUUUUGGUCGUACUUCUUAUGGAAGUUCGAACGGUAGCAGAUACUUGAUGAAGGUAAGUCUUAAUUACGUGCCCGCUGAAGAUUGCGCGAAACAUUUUUCCGGCGAGUCCGGUGGUCGACGAAUGUCCCGAGGUCUGAUUCCGAAUAUGCUCUGUGCCGGGGUCAUGGAAGGUGGCAAAGAUACUUGUCAGGGCGACAGCGGAGGUCCGUUGCAGCGAGUGCUCAAGGAUCCUUACUGCGCGUACAGCAUCGUCGGUGUAACAAGCUUUGGCAAAUUUUGUGGCUUCAAAAAUUCUCCGGCCAUAUACACGAGGGUGAGUUCCUAUCUCGACUGGAUCGAGUCGGUCGUCUGGCCCUAAUUCGUGUAUCUUUUAAUCUUAUAAAAACGCGCGUCUCUUUAUUCUCUCGAUAAAUAAAUACAUGGCCUUAAAAACAUAACAAUAACUAAUAAAAAUAUCACUUAUGAA